AUGGCGUUGGAGGAGAGCAUGGUACCAAGGGGUUGUUCAUUUAGACCCACCGACGAUGAACUGGUGGGCUACUAUCUGAUGAACAAAGCAACUGGAUGUCCAUGUCCAGACCUUGCUAUGAUUCUUGAGUAUGAUUUCUUAGGCGACAAGGAACCAUGGGAAAUCUGGAAUUUGUUUCAACCAUGCAUCUUUCGCUACUGGGAUGCUCAUCAUGAAGAUCUCUACUUCUUCACAAAGCUCAAGAAGUCCAAUCCAAGAGGGAAAAGAAUCUGCCGGAAAGUUGGUUCCACCGGCGGCACGUGGAAAGGUCAAGACUCCGGCAGCGAAGUUUACGACGACCUAAGUAAACAAGUCAUCGGUUUAAAGAAAAGGUUUCAAUAUCAGAAGGCCAAGACAGAAGAAGAUGAUGAAGAAGAUGAUGGAGUUAGUUGGAUUAUGUUUGAAUAUUGCCUUGCUGGUUCACUUGCUAUGAUCAAUAUUGAUUAUGUUCUCUGCCAAAUCCGAAAGAAAUUCCCCACUCAACAUAAUCACAAGAUAAACAUGUACACCAACAUAUCGUACAUGCAGUGA